CACAACAAGAAAGGCAAACAACAAAUGAAAACUGAAAACUUGUGUUUUUAAUUUUCUCUUAGUGACUCAAUAAAAUAACAAAUAGGAGUACACUGCACAAUUUAUUCAACAAUGGCAUCAAAAAGAAAGCAGAAUUUUGGCCUUGCCGACAGUGAAAUGUUUAAAAAGAAGCACACGCUGGACUCGGAUGAAGAGGACUCCGAUGACUACGAACGGGACAAUCUUAAUGAUAGUGACAUCGAAGGUGGGGAGGAUGGUGUAGGCAAAGUGGAGGACGAUGUCAAGAUAACUCCUUUCAAUAUGCGUGAAGAGCUGGAAGAGGGACAUUUCGAUAAGGAUGGUCACUAUCAUUGGAAUAAGGAAUCGGAAAUUAAGGAUAACUGGCUGGAUAACAUUGACUGGGUUAAGGUAGAGAAAAACAAGAAUUACUUUGACCCAAACAAUGAGGAACAAAAUUCGGCAGAUGCUGGUCUUCCCACAUUUAACCUCUUGGUGUCCUUAAGAAAAAUGGUUGAGUUCAUGAAACCGGGUGAAAGCGUUCAAAUGUCUUUGCAAAGAUUGGGUCGUAAGCGCCCUAAAUUAACAACGCUGGAAAAGCUGAGGCAGAAGAAAGCUGGUAUUGAAAACAACGAAACACAGCAAAUUUCGAAGCUAACGGAAGUGGCGAAUGAAAUACUCUCAAACACUGGAAACAUGGAUAUUUAUCAAGAAACAUAUGAGAAGAUUAUGCGCACACUGGAGGAUUUGCCAAGCACAAGCAAGCCAGCCGGCGAGUCCUUCGAUAUGUAUGCUGAUGAUUUUGCAGAAAAGGAGUCCAAACGCUUAAAAACAUCGGAAAAGGAGGAAGAACCUAAUACGAAUGAAAUAAAGUGGGAAUUUAAAUGGAAACAAACUGAUGAAGAAAUUCAGGGACCGUAUAGUACAGAGAAAAUGCUAAAUUGGUCAACAGGCGACUACUUCAAGGAUGGUGUUUACGUACGAAAAGUUGGUGAAAACUCUAAUUUUUAUUCGAGCAAUAGAAUAGAUUUUGAUUUAUACUUGUGAAUAAAGAAGACACCUCAGACCGUUUAAAAUCCAUAUAUAA